AAAAGUAAUCCUAGUACCUGGUAAACAUUUGAAAUAUAGCUGUACAUACUUUUUUUUAUGAUUAUUCACUAUUUAGUUGAUUAAUUUAAAUUAUUUACAAAAUGUAUGUUGUAAAAAUUAAUAAAAUUGUAUUUCUAAAUAAUAAACACCUUAAAAAAAUCAGAAGGGUCGGAUGUUGUUGUUAUUCUAUAGACUUUAGAAAUGGUGAUUUUUAUUUUUAUUAAAUACAAAUUUGUUAUAUAUUUUAACUGAAUUGUGUUAAUUUGUCUAUUUUUUCCAGGACAAAAUCAAAUAUUACCUAUGAAAUAUGAACCUAAAAUAGUUGAAAAUUCUAAAUAUACCAUUUCAGAUAAUUUCAUUAGUCAAAAUUCUAAUUCUAAUCAUAAAAAAAAGUUUUCUAUUAUAUUACCACCACCAAAUAUAACUGGAUCUUUACAUUUAGGGCAUGCACUAACAGUCACCAUACAGGAUAUUAUUGUUCGAUGGUUUGUCAUUUUAAUUUGAUUUGUAAAUUAUUUGCUGUUUAGUAUAUAUUAUAUGUUUAAUUAGGCAUAGAAUGAACAAUGUAGAUGUAGUAUGGGUACCAGGUACUGAUCAUGCUGGUAUUGCUACUCAAGUAGUUGUAGAAAAAAAAUUAUAUGCUGAAGAAAAUGUUAAUCGACAUGAUAUUGGUAGAAAAGCCUUCAAUGAAAAAAUUAUGAAGUGGAAGAAUGAAAAAAUCACAAUAAUUAGAAAUCAAUUAAAAAAUCUCGGUGUCACGUUGGACUGGGACAGAGAAUUUUUUACAAUGGAUGAAGUAAAAACUUAUUUUAAAUCAUAAAAAUAUAUACUAUAAAAUCCUAAUUUAAUAUUAAAAAAACAGAUGAUUUUAUUCAAAUAAUUAGAUGUUAAUAAUAUUAAUUUUUUAUUACAUUUACAGAAACAAAACAAAGCUGUCUGUGAAGCCAUUAUUAGACUAUUUGACAAUCAACUUUUGUACCGAAAAUAUGCAUUAGUUAAUUGGUGUUGUUCUCUACAAUCUACAGUAUCUGAUAUUGAAAUAGAUCAUAAAGAAAUUUCAGGAAGAACUCAUGUUAGUUUACCGGGAACUAGCAAACCUGUUGAGUUUGGUAUUCUUACAGACAUAGCAUACAAAUUUCAUAACUCUGGUGUGUAUUUUUAUAAAAACACUUUAUUUGUUAAAUAAGUUAUAUAUAAUUUAUAUUUGAAUACUUAAUAGAUCAAGAAAUUGUCGUAUCAACUACUAGACCAGAAACCAUUCUUGGAGAUGUAGCAGUUGCUGUGAACCCUAAUGACGAUAGGUAUAAAGGACUAGACAAUGUUAAAUUAUGGCAUCCUUUUAGAAAGUGUACCAUACCAAUAAUUUAUGACCAUUCUAUUGAUAAAGAUUUCGGCACAGGUAGUUUCGUACUUAACUUAUAUUAUAUUCAUGAUUUUUAAGUAUUAAAUUGUAUUAGGUGCUGUAAAAUUGACACCUGCACAUGACAUCUUAGAUUAUGAACUAGCCAGCAAACACAAUCUUCCAAUUAUCAGUGUCAUCGAUGAAUUCGGAAAAAUAUCAUGUGAAUAUGAUGAAUUUAAUGUGAGUUAUAAAUUAGGUUAGUUAUUAUGUUAUUAAUUAUUAUUAAUAAAUAAUAAUUAUCAAAUAAUUAUUGCUUAUUAUCAGUGUUUAUGAUUCUUUGACAUUGAUUAACUAUCAAAACUUAAAUAAAUAGAAAAUGAAAACUGUAGAAAAUUAUAUAUAAAUUAUAUUAUUAUUAUAUUGAUGUACUUUUGAUAAAUUAGAUAUCAGUAAAACUGAUCCGAUAUUGAAAUAUGAUAUUAUUGUGUAUCACUAAAAAAUAUAAUGAAAGACACUCAUUAUCUCAGAAAGUAUAUAUUAUUUACUUAAUUUUUUUUUUUUUUAUUAUUUUGAAAAUUUAAGAAACAAGCAGCUAUAAAAUAUAACAUUUCUAUUAUUUUUGAGGGAGAAUUCACAACCUAAUUUUUAUUUUCAAAUAGCAACAUUUAUAACAAAUCAAAUAAAUGUAUGAAGUUUUAGUUUAAAUAAAUUUUUGUACUGAAAUUUUAACUGUUAUAUAUGAUAAGGGAUUGUACUUUUAAGUUGCUCUACUCCUAUCUCAAUCUACACAACAACAGUUAAAAUUUAAACACCAACAUUUAUUUAAAGUAAAACUUUCUAUUUAUGGAAUUUUUAUAUAUGGUUCUUUUUAUUGCUAAUUGAGUAGUGAGUUCAAUCUCAAAUAUAAGGGUAAUAAAAAAUAAUGGAAAUUUAACAUUUUAUAACUGCUUAUUUAUUAAAUUUCGUAAAAUUAAAUUCUGUGAAAAGUUAAUAUAUUUCAAGAAAAUGAGUACCUCAUACAAUAUUGAUAAAUCUAUAUAUUUAUUUAUUAUUUAUAAAUGUUUAAUUUUAGAGAUUACCAAGAUAUGAAGUAAGAACUGCUAUAGUUCAAAAAUUAAAUGAAAUGAAUUUAUUAAAAGGCACAAGAGAACAUAAGAUGUCAAUUCCCAUAUGUAGUCGUACUGGUGAUGUAAUAGAGCACCUUCCAAAACUUCAAUGGUUAAUAAGUUGUUUAUUUAUGUAUUUUUUUUUUUUUUUUGAUUGACUCUUUUCUUUUAAAGGUUUAUUAAUUGUAAAGAAAUGGCUAAAAAAGCAUCUGACUCACUUAGAAAUGGUGAAUUAACAAUUGAACCUAGUCAUUAUCAUAAUCAAUGGUUAUUAUGGCUUGAUAAUUCUAAGUAUAAAAUUAAAUAUCAAUACACAUUAUGAAAGUAAUAAUCAGUAAAAUUAUAAUUUAUUCAUUUUUAGAGAUUGGUGUGUGUCUAGACAACUCUGGUGGGGUCAUAGAUUACCAUUAUUUGAAACUAAAUAUGGUUGGGUUGCAGCAUAUAACAAAAAUGAAGCUAUUAAAAAAAUUGGAGCUAAAUUUAAAUUACCAGAAGAAGAAAUGGCUACUUUAGACAUUAAACAAGAUGAAGAUGUAUUAGAUACUUGGUUUUCUUCUUCAUUAUUACCAUUUUCUUCAUUUGGUUGGCCUGACAAGGUUAAUAAUUAAAAUUGCUGAAUUUAUACAAAAAUACAUUUCAACACAUAUUUUUAGACUGAAGAUUUACAUAAAUACUAUCCCUUGAGUUUUAUGGAAACUGGACAUGAUAUUUUAACAUUUUGGGUUGCAAGAAUGGUGAUGCUAGGAACCUAUUUAACAGGAUCGCUUCCUUUCAAAGUAUCAUUUCGAAAGAAAAGUUAAAUUAAACAUUUUUUAAAAUUAAUAUGUAUUUAUAUGUUUCCAGAAUGUUAUUUUGCAUGGUAUGAUACACGACAUUCAUGGUAGAAAAAUGUCAAAAAGUCUAGGAAAUGUUGUAGAUCCUGAAGAUGUCAUUAAUGGAAUUUCACUUGAGGUAAUCACUUGAAAUUUUCAAUUUAUACAUAAUCCAAUGUGUUAUAUAAAUUAGGAUCUGCAAAAGAAAACUCACGCCAGUGCUAAAUCUGGUGUAAUAUCAUACGAUGAAUUAGAAAAAGCCUUGAUAGGCCAAAAAAAAUUAUUUCCAAAGGGUAUUAAUGAGUGUGGUACAGACGCUCUAAGAAUAACUCUUGUAUCUCAAAACAUCAAAAGUAAGUUUAAAAAAAAUCAAUUACCUAUUAUUUUGACUUUAAUUUUUAAAAUUCUGAUUGUUCUUAUAACUUAAUUUAGAUCAAGUUAUUCACUUUAAUGUGAAUGAUUGUAAUCGGAAUCGUAUAUUUUGUAAUAAAGUGUGGCAAGCUACAAGGUUUGUGUUGAUGUGGGUUGCUGAAAAAAAUGUUUCUGAUUAUACAACAGUGGUUCCAAUUAAUUGUACACAAUUGUGGAUAUUAAGUCGAUUGGGAGAUUGUGUUUCUAAAAUUAACAAUUCAUUCCAAAAUUAUGAUAUUUACAUUUUCGUUACAGAAUUUAAAAAAUUUUUUAUCAAUGAAUUCUGUAAUGUUUUUUUGGUAUAUAUUUUUUUAUAAAAACACAUAACAUAAUAUUACAAUUGAUAAUUGUCAUUUUAUUUAGUGUAUUUUAAUUUUUUAAGGAAACAUGUAAACCUAUACUUGCACACGGGACUAAUGAUGAAAUUCAAGCAACUUGUAAGAUGCUUUUAUUUAUUUUGGAUAGUUCUUUAAGGCUUAUAAAUCCAAUUAUGCCAUUUUUAUCAGAAACACUUUAUUGUGUUUUGCCGGGAAAAAAUAAAACACAUGUUGCGCAUACUAAAUUUCCAGAAGCUAUUGAAGUAAAUUUUACUAUAUUAAACAAAUAUGCAAAACAAUAUUGAGUUAUAUAUAUCUUCAUUGUUUAGUAUUUAAAAUGGCGUAAUGAACAAAUAGAUGCUGAUAUGAAUAUGGUAAAUGAUAUUAUCACAGCAAUACGAAAACUUCGAUCUAUAAAUAAUUUUAACAAAGUUCAAUCUGAAAGUAAUACAAAUUAAUUUCCAAUUUUUUCAUUUUUAAUUGUAUAUUACAUUCUAUUUUCAGUUAUUAUACUUUCAAAACAACAGCAAUCACUUAAAAAAUAUGAAGAUAUCAUUCAACAAUUAUCAGGGACAUCAUCAUUAUGUUUCUUAGAAGACAAUUCAAAUUCCAAAUUUAAUUCUAUUACUGAUAUUGUUGGAGAUCAUACUGAAAUACAUCUCCUUUUAAAAGUAUUGUAUAUUUGAUUUGAAUAUAAAGUAGGGUUGGCACUUGAUAAAUAAAUUAACAGUUAAAAUAUAGUUGAUAUUACAUUUUAUUUAUUUUAAAUGAAUACAUAAUAAAAAUAAUAAAAUGCACUUGAGAUUUAACAAUAUAAUUAUUUUACAAACUAUAUAUUUUUAAUCAAUUAAUGUUGACGUUAGUUGAUCAAAAUAAUAUGACUGGUCAAAAGCCUAACCCCAAUUCUACAGUAAAAUAAUUUUUUUUUUGUAACUUAAAAUAGAAAAUAAAACACAAACAUACCAUACAAAUAUUAAUUAGUUAUCCCAUAUAAAAUACUAUUUUAAAUGUUUAAAUUAUUCUGAUUUUCAGGGUGAAAGUUUAGAGUAUAAAAAAUAUUAUAGUAUUUUAAAUUUAAAACGUCAAAGAUUACAAAAGCAAGUAAAUAAAAUGAAAAAAUCACGAUCGCUUAAUAAAGAAAACCAUACUAUGUCUGACUAUUUUGAAGAAUCUCAAGAAAAUAAGGUAAUAAACUAAUAAUUAAUAUUCAUGAUAAUAUAUUUUAAGUUUUGGUGCAACUUCAAUAUACAUGUCAUCUCUGUGUCGAGCUACUGCGGCCUACCUCAUUCGAGCAAAAAAUAAAUAUCUAUAUUACAAAAUUCCCUUAUAAACAUACAAAUAUUAAUAUUGAUUUACUUCACACCCGUAUCCGCAGAAACUUAGUCUUGUAUAGCAAGCUUUUAGUUGUGGCACUAAUUUUUAUAUCAGAAGGUUUAGAAGGUUUGGACCCGCAGGUUAGUAGUUUUAUAUUACACAAAGGUCCUACCCACUUCUAUCCCACCAGAAUCCUGCAAACUUUAAAUUACUUUAACUAUUUAAAACAAAAUAUACAUAUGAUAUUUAUAAUACAUUAUAACAUACAUACAUUAUUUUGAAAAAUAUUAAGCAUGAAGUGUUAAAAAUAUAUGUUAACAGCAUUCUCAAUUAGGAACCCGUCAAUAGACUGAAUAUUAAAGUAGCAUCUAAAAUUCUUUUGUAAUUAUUAUUAUUGUCAUGAUUAUAUUUAAACUUUAUUAUUAUAUUAUUAUUUAUGAUUUCAUAAUCAUUUAAUAUAGUUUGAUAACUACUAAAUUUUAAGUCAGUAAAAUAAUUUCUAAAAAAGAAUGUCUAUGGUUUCCAUAUAAAACAAUAUCUAAUAUUGUGUAAUCAUUCUGUUAGUUCCUAUAGAUUCAUCAGUGAUGGCACAGGUAACAUCGGUGUUGUUUCUUUUGAAAUCAAACAUCCCUGAUGUAAUCUCUAAUGGCCUUAUAACUCACCACAUUAAAUAGGUGGUUAAGAUGCUGUAAUAGAUUUGCUAUAUGCUGAUAACCAUUAAUCUUACUCUUAUAUUAAUAGUAUACUUUAUAUUAGAUAGCAUUUGUGACAAUUCCACUACAAACACCGAAAAUCCUUGAAGUUGUUUAUUUGUUUAAGAUAAUAUAUUUCAUAAAUUAUGUUAUUUUACAGAAAUUCUUUAUUAAAAUUUUCAUAAAAUAUUUGAAAAAGAACAUGUGUUUUUCCAUAGACAUUUACCUUAAGUUGUGGAAACAUAUUUUCAAUUUAGAUUUUAAUUUUAAUUAAGUAUAUUAUUUUGUUGUUAGUAAUACAUUUUAUACUGUUUAGAUGCAUUCAUUGGUGGAAGAAAUAAAUAGAAUAACUAUGUACAUGAACACUAUUAAAGAAAAAACAUUAAUAUGAAACUAGAUGAUUUAUGAAUAGGAAGAAUUCAAGUAAACUAGACUAUACAAUAGCAGAUAGACAAUAAUAUAACUUUUAAUCAAUGUAAUAGUUUAUGAUAAUUCAUAUCAAAAUAUGUUUAUAAAUUAAAUAAUGUCUACAUAGUAGUAUAUAUAUAUAUAUAUACAUUACAUAUAUAUAUAUAACAUAAGUAACUAUUUAAAACUGUACUCUGUGACUCAGUGUAACACUAAAUAUGUAAUACAUGUUAUACAUUAUAUUUUAUGAGAAUAACUAUUUAAAAUUUGUAAAUAAAAUUAUUUUUGUGUCAAUCUGUUAUUAUAUUAUGUACCAUAAUGCAAUAUUUUCUUAUGUAAAGUUUAUAAUAGUAAUCAAUGUUGUAUUUAGUGCCCUCCCAUUUUGAAAAAUGUUUUUUUCCCCAUACUACUGUGGUGAAGUUUACAUAAAUGUGUUACAUUAAUAAAAUGUAUUAUUAGUAGUAUUACUAUUUAGGUAUAAAUUAUCGUAAACAAAAAACAAUUCAGAAUUAAGUUUUGUUAUAACAUAUUUUAAUAAAUUUACAUUAAAAAAUGUAUUAAUUUAUAGCUACCAAAUAAAUUAC